AUGUACCAGUACAACGGAUGCCCGCCAGCGGCGCAGAAGGCCGUGCUCUCCAUCUCUGAGAUGCUGAACCCCGCGGCGCCGGUUAGCCAUCACUCAGCCCGGUACGGGGCGGCAUCGUCACCAGGGGCGUGGUCCCCGAGUGACGCGGCCCCGUCUCCCAGUAAUUACACCUACUCCUCCCAGCCGGAACGUACUGGCUGGGAAUACCACCCGUCGGCCGCCGCCUGGGAGAGUGACCCGGCCCCCCGCCGCUACCCAGCAACCCCAACAACACGGCUCCCGCCCAUCUCAGUGCCGCCCUCAGAGGGCCCGGCGGGAGGGUACGCCGGAGACGGUCAUAGAAACAGCCACAGCUCCUGGGGCGGCGGCAGCGGAGCCAGCUCGCCAAGGGUAUUUGGUAGCUUCACGCCCGUCGAAGGCGCCCGUCAACAGCACCUCCCCACGGGGGGCGGCCUCGCCCGCGGCGAACGGGAGACAUCGCUAUCCACACUGGACGGCUCGGAGGGACCAGCCAAAGCAUCGGGGAAAACACGGCAGAACUUCCCGGGGCCCGUCACCAAGGUCUUUAACGAAUGGGCCGAGAAGCGGAUCUUGGUAAACGACGACCGGUGCCGUUUCACCAAGAGCGAAAUGGUCACCAUCGCAUCAGUAACAGACGUCGAGCUGAAACAAGUCGAAAACUGGUACACCAACCACCGGCGCCGGGGCUUCCCGCAACAAAUGAUCGACGUGCUGCACCGCGAGGCCAAGGCCGUGGAGCGCAAGUACCGCGAGGCGGACCAGCUGGCGGCGCAGCAGCAACAGGAGGGGACGGCGACCCCGGGGGAGGUGCUGCGCGCGCAGGCCGAGGCGGUCCGGGCUGCGGGCGCGCCUGGCCGAUCUCCAGGCAGUGGGAACAGGCGGCGAGGCAAAGGCUGGCGGCGCUGA